AUGAAAACGUUCCUAUGGGGAAUUGAUGAUGAGCUAUGGUUGGUGGUACAGAAUGGUCCCGUUCAGAUGGAUGCAGAUAAACAAUCUGAGUGGAGUGCAGCCCAGAAGAAAAGUGCUCAAUUGAAUCAACGAGCAAUGCACGUUCUGCAAGCCUCAAUGGUUCCAGAAGAAGCUGACAAAGUCGAGCAUUGCCAGACAGCUACAGAAAUCUGGGCAUCACUGGAAUCCACCUAUGAAGGUACUUCGAAUAUAAGAGAAACUCGAAUUGACCUCUUAAUGCAUGAUUAUGAAUGUUUCGAUAUGAUUGCUAAUGAGAGUAUUCAGGAAAUGUAUUCCAGAUUUACGGUCUUGAUUAACAAAUUAAGGGGUCUUGGAAGAAGUUUUCAGUCUAAAGACUUGAAUAGAAAAAUUCUUAGGUCUUUACCUAAGGAUUGGCUUCCAAAACGUACUGCUAUCGAGGAGGCCAAAGAUCUUAAUACGCUGUCCAUAGAUGAAUUGAUAGGUUCUCUUCUUAGUCACGAGCAUGUUAUAAAACAGGUUAGUCAAGAUGAUGAUAAACGCGAAAGGACACUGGUUUUUAAAUCUAAAGUAGUAAAUUAUGAGUCCGAGAACGAUCUUGAUAGUGAUUUUGACAAGGAAUUUGCUCUUGUUAGUAGACGUUUUCAUCAACUGUUGAAAUAUAAAAAUGACCAAAAGCGUCAAUCUGAUAAAUCUAAGAAUGAUUGUUAUGAUCGUAACCAAAAUGGUCUCCAAGACAGGCUGCUAUACCAGCAGACCAGAAAAUUUGAUACAGGUAUGCAGGGAAAGGAACUUCUGACUUGUUACAAGUGUGGGAAUACUGGACACAUUCGAGCCAGUUGUCCUCAAUCUCUAAGGCCAAAAGAAAGAGGAAUGGUGGCUACUUGGAGUGAUUAUGAAUCGGGAUCAGAUGAUGACAAGAUCAAUGAAGAAGCAUAUAUGGCGUUCACCUUUAAAACUGAAACCAGCACAUCUGAUGUUGAAGAAGAGCUCUCUUUGCCAUCAGCUCGUAUUGAGGUGAAGUCGGACCCCACAUCAUCCAAGGUAAAUCCUGAUAAUUUCUUAUAUGCUUUGGAAAACUUGGAGGAAGAGUGUCGUAGCUUGAAAUUUAAAUAUUGUCGUCUUCAGGAAGAAGUCCGUAAAAAGAAUAAUGACAUAGCUAAUAUGAAGAGAACUAUUGAACUUGAUCAUCUCAAGUUGGUUGAGUUAAAGAGAGCAAAUGAAUUAGUUGUCAUAGAAAGAGAUCACUUGCAUAAGUUACUGAAUCAUAGGAAUUGCUCUACUGCUUAUAUGUGUUCCAAUAGCCAAGAAGGCUAUUUGUAG